AAAAAAAGGAAAGCUUCAGAAGCUAAGGCCAUGGUGGACUCGGACACUGAGUCGGGAGGAGCUCAAAACAACGCUUCCAACGCAGAUCUUUCUUCCCCGAAAGAACAAGACAGGUUCUUGCCCAUCGCCAACGUCAGCAGGAUCAUGAAAAAGGCUCUGCCAGCCAACGCCAAGAUAUCCAAGGAAGCAAAAGAGACGGUGCAAGAAUGUGUGUCGGAGUUCAUCAGCUUCAUCACCGGGGAAGCUUCCGAUAAGUGCCAGAAAGAGAAGCGGAAGACCAUCAACGGCGACGAUCUGUUGUGGGCCAUGACCACGUUGGGCUUCGAGGAUUACGUCGAGCCUCUGAAGGUUUACUUGCAGAAGUUUAGGGAGAUGGAGGGAGAGAAGACCGCGGUGGCACGUGAUAAAGAUGUUCCUCUGGGCGGAGGUAUCGGUGGUGAUUCCGGUACCGGUAGCAGUAGUGGGAUGUAUGGGAUGCUGAUACACCAGCAGCAUCAGGGGCAUGUCUAUGGUUCUAGCGGCUUUCAUCAGAUGGGUAGGGGCCCAAGUUAGUUACUUCUUUGUUGACACGUGUAUGGUUACUAUUAGUUUGAUAAAAA